CCACAGUACACCCAGCAGUACCCCGCCCACGUGGGGAAGUACCCGCCGCCGGGGGGCUAUGACAGUGACUCGAACAGUGACCAUAGCAGCAGCGGGCGUGGGAGCGGCGGCAGUGAUCUGGGCAGCGAGGUGGACAGAGAUGGCUCCCGCCUGGAGGACAGCGGCCGCUACAGCGCCGACGGCUGCGAACACUCGCGACUCUCAGUUCGUCCGAGGUCAUCCUGAAGCCCAGCCUGACCUUGCCGUGCCGCCCGUGGCCCGCCUCCCCGCCCUGCCCCCCAGCCCGCCGCAUGCCCCGAGGCCAGCGCUCGCUCUCCGCCAACCGCUGCAGGACCUCUUCGGAAGGACUUCGUCAGGGCAGGAGGGACGUCAUCGCCGCCUCCGUCGUCUCUCCUACGAGGAGUGCCCCCGUGACCACCCCCCGUGGACUCCCCCCUGUGUGGCCAGUGCGCCCGCCGGGACCUCUCCUUCUUCGACCCAACUGUAG